AUGACAAAGGGCGAACUUAAAGUUAUCGUUGUUGAGGCAAAGAACUUGAAAGAUGAGGACUUGAUUGGCAAAAGCGAUCCGUAUGUCGAGCUUUGGAUUUCGAAGGACUAUAAACAAAGAACGUCCACGAAGAAGAAUACAUUAAACCCCAUCUGGAAUGAAGACUUCAAAUUCAAUACCGAUACCCAUGAGCAUCAUCUCUAUAUUAAAGUUCUCGACGAAGAUUUUGGCGAAGAUGACAAGCUCGGUGAGGCUAAAGUUGAUUUGAAACAAGUAUAUAAGAAGGGUUAUGUAGAUGAAUGGGUCAAAUUGCCAGCUUUACUCGGGCUAAGAAGCAAAGGAGAAGUCCACUUAAUCUUGGAAUACUCGGCUAGCUGA